GACUGUGUUAUUUCCCAAAACUCAGCUGCUUUUGUCGGGGUGGGGUCAGCCAACGACACGUUUGGAGGGAGGAAAACCAACAUUUCAUAAGCAGCUGCCCCGCACGGCUGCUGUCAGUACCAAAAUAGCAGCAGAGAAACUGAAAGGCGGACGGGAAAGAGAGGCAGGAAUGGAGAGGGCUCAUCUGCUCCUUUACAUCGCCAGUGUCCUUGGGGCACUUGGCACAGAUGUCGUGGAUGCUCGCUGUAAUUUGAUGAAGCCAUACGAAAUUAUAGGAGGCAAAACAGUAGUGCUGGAGAACGACACAUUGCUUCAGUAUAUAUGCCCAGAUGGCCAAUAUCCAUACCCUACCGAGUACCGGAAAUGCGAGCAGGGCGGGUACUGGAGCACUAUGAGAAAUAAAGAGGACAGGGUCAUCUCCCAGGCGAGGUGCCAAGAUAUCCGCUGCCCCAGGAUUGCAGAAUUUGAAAAUGGUUACUUUGAGCCCCCGCAGCCAUAUUACAAUAUAAGCCAGAACAUCACAUUUACUUGCUAUGGAGGAUACAGCAUGAAGGGGUCUGAAGUCCGCUUCUGCCUUCCCAAUGGGAAAUGGAGUGGAAAAACAACCAUUUGUGAUGAUGGAACUGGUCAUUGCUCUAACCCCGGUAUUCCAAUUGGUGGUCGAAAAGAAGGCAAUGAAUAUCGGGUAGAAUAUCGUGUCCGCUACACUUGUGAGCGUGGUCUCAUUCUUGUGGGAUCCAGUGAACGGAUUUGCCAAGAAUCAGGAAGCUGGAGUGGAUCAGAACCACAGUGUCGGCAGCCAUUUGCUUAUGACACCCCAGAAGAGGUUGCUUCCAACUUCAUCUCAUCUUUGACUGAAACGGCUGAGGUUGCAGAUGCCAAUAGAAAUAUCUCCUCUACACAGAAGCGAAAGAUUGUCAUUAAGAAAGGAGGCACAAUGAACAUCUACUUUCUCCUUGAUGCCUCAAAAAGUAUUAAACAAGAGGAUUUCAACAGUACACAGAAUGCUACAAUCAAGUUGAUUGAAAAGAUCUCCAGCUAUGAUGUCUCCCCCAAUUACGCCCUCAUCACUUUUGCCACAAACAGCAUAGAGAUUGUGAACACAAUGCAGGCAGAGAGCACUGAUGCAGCCAGGGUGAUUGAGCUACUGGAAAAUGUCAACACUGCUGAGCAUAAGAAAAAAUCAGGAACCAACCUCAAAAAGGCCUUGACAACUGUCUAUGAAAUGAUGAUUUCCCAGGAAGCUGAGGAGAAGAGACUUAAAUUAAAUCCUCCUCCUAUUUCCAAUUCCACCCGCCAUGUGAUCAUCCUCCUGACGGAUGGUCGCUACAACAUGGGCGGGGAUCCAGUUCCUGUCAUGGAUGAUAUUAAAGAAUUCCUCAGGAUUAAGAAAUCCGGCUCCAAUUCUCGCAAUGAAUUCUUAGAUGUUUAUGUCUUUGCUGUUGGAAAAGAAGCCAACGAGAAAAGCCUGAAUAAUUUGGCAUCACAUAAACCUGAUGAGAGUGAAGCUUUAUCUAUGUGUGGCUUGGCGAAAGAACACAAAACGGAAGAUCAGAGGAAGAAUCCCUGGAACACCAAUAUCUCCAUCAGGCGUGCUGGUAGGGCAGGAUUCGAACACUGUAAAGGAACCCUCGUUUCUGAGUAUUAUGUCUUGACAGCAGCUCACUGCUUCACUGUGGAUGAUACGGCUGACCGGAUCAAAGUCACAAUUGCCAGGCAACAGUAUUCUGUGGAGAAAAUUCAAGUCCACAAAGAUUACCAGAUUGGAAAGCUGAAACAUCGCGGGAUCCCUGAAUUCUAUGAUUAUGACAUCGCCCUGAUAAAACUAAAGGAAAAAGUUGAAUUCAGUUUCAAUGCAAGGCCAAUUUGUUUACCGUGUACACAAGGAACAACUCGAGCUCUGAGGAAGCCUCUUGCAACGACCACGUGUCAGGACCAUGGUAAGAGGAUUGUUUGUGUUUUAAAAAAAAUGGCUUGUGAGCAAGACGCUAGGAAUGCCAAAUUCUACAAAAACAUUACCAAUAUCAAAGAAGUAGUGACUGAUAACUUUCUCUGCACUGGGGGACAGGACCCUGUGCUGGACCCCAAUACAUGCAAAGGAGAUUCUGGUGGUCCUCUCAUUGUUCAGAAAAAGUUGCGUUAUGUUCAGGUUGGCGUGAUUAGUUGGGGUGUGGUUGAUGUCUGCGGUCACAAUAUUGCGACAUGUGAGGAACCCGAAAAAUUCCAGAGGCGUAGUCCCUCCUUUGCCAGGGAUUAUCACUUCAACCUCUUCAAAGUUAUUCCUUGGCUCAGAGAAAAGCUGGCCGAUGAGGGACUAGAAUUCAUCUAGAAUUCUUGUUCUUCCCAGCCCACUCAGAUGCUCUCUGUACAUAGAAGUCAUUCUCUUCAAAUCUUGCUAAGUAAAUUCUAUGGCCGAGUUUGAAGACCCCUGUUCUACGUUAACAAUGACUAUCCAAUGUAACUGUAUAGACAAAAAAUAAAUAAAUGUGAUAUGUGUUAUCCUUUGCUUAGCUCCUAUGUUGGGAUGGUUGGGCUUAGUUUCUACACAGAAGCGUCUGCAAGGGGGGGGUCCAAA